AUGGUACGAUAUGCUGCACUUAAGGGUUUAUACGAUUUGGAGAAAACUAUCGGGAGCGGAGGUUUUGCAAAAGUUAAGCUUGCUACCCACAUAGCAACCGGCGAAAAAGUUGCUAUUAAAAUCAUGGAUAAAACUGCAUUAGGCGAUGACUUACCAAGAGUUAAAUUGGAAGUUGAAGCAUUAAAAACUCUAUUGCAUCAACACAUAUGUAGAUUAUAUCAAGUAAUAGAAACAGAAAGCCACUACUUUAUGGUAAUAGAAUAUUGUUCAGGUGGAGAACUGUUUGAUCAUAUAGUUGAAAAAAAUAGGCUUACUGAAACAGAGUCACGAAAAUUUUUUCGUCAAAUUGUCUCUGCAGUAGCUUAUUUACAUAGUUUAGGGUAUGCUCAUCGUGAUUUAAAACCAGAAAAUGUUCUGCUUGAUAGGGAAGAAAAUUUAAAGCUUAUAGAUUUUGGAUUAUGUGCUAAACCAAAAAAUGGAAUUGAAUCACAUUUACAAACUUCUUGUGGCUCUCCAACAUAUGCUGCACCAGAACUUAUAUUAGGAAGAAAAUAUUUAGGUUCAGAAGUAGAUAUUUGGAGUAUGGGAGUCCUUCUUUAUGCAUUGCUUUGUGGUUUCUUGCCUUUUGAUGAUAAUAGCAUAGAGAGCUUGUACAGAAAAAUUCUUAGUGGCAAAUAUGAUGAACCAAAUUGGUUAUCAAGCAGUAGUAAAAGGCUGAUACGAGCAAUGUUACAAACAGAUCCAAAAAAGAGAAUUACUAUUCAAGAAUUGUGCAAUCAUCCAUGGAUUACAGCUGGAUUCCUUAAUCCUGUUUCUUUUAUUCAUAAGACUAAUUUUGAAAAAGAUGAUGAUGUGUUAAGUACUAUGUCUGCAAUAUGUAAUGAACAUGCUUCAGAAAUAUGGAAGAAACUAGUAAAAAGCGGUCGAACUGAUUACAGAACUGCCACAUAUCUUUUACUUUUAGACAGAAAACUCCGUGGACUUUCACUUAGAAUAUCAUCUUCUGCAAAGUCUCAUUUCAGAGCUGAGCGUGGAGGAGGAAUAAAUAAUAUUAUAACUAAACUUGAUUAUUCUCCAAGAAGUAGAUUUGGUAAGAAGUCACCAGUAGUGGAUACCACUUACAAUGUCCUACCAAAAACACCUGAAAAUGCUGACAAUUUCAUGGAACCACAUGUACCUGGUAGAAAACGACUUCGCAGUAAAGAUGUAGAUGAUGCAUAUUCUCCUGUUCCUGCAAAAAGAGUUGCAGAAAAAGAUAGGCUUGUUUCUACCCCAACUAAUACACCGGUAUCCGAUACAAGAGGAUCUCAAUCAUCCACACCAGGAAGUGCAAGAAAAGUAAUGAUGGGUUUAGAGCGAGGUCUAAAUCGUGUACGCUGUGUUCUUACGCCUAAAAGGCGCGUUAAGAAUGAAAAUAUUGAUCCUGAUCAACCAAACAUACUUUCUGGAAAAGGUCUUUGUAAUGUGUCUUCAACAUCCAGCGACGAUCCGAAAUAUGUUCUAUCGCAAUUACGUCGAGCACUUCGCCGUAAAGGAAUAAUGUGUCAUCAAAAAGGGUUUAUCCUUCAAGGAGAAACAGAAGAUUGUACCGAGGAUGAUAAAGAUACGGUACGGCCAUUUUCUUCGAGAAACGCCUGCUCCUUCGAGUUGGAAGUUUGUUUAUUGGAAGGCGUUUCGAGCGAUAAAUUAGUCGGUAUUCGAAGGAAAAGAUUAAAGGGUAACGCGUGGGUGUAUAAACGAGUAUGCGAAGAAGUUCUUGCUCUGGCAGCCGAGGAUCUUCCCACGGAAUCGGAAGGUUCGACAGAAUCAAAAUGUCCAAUUUGAAGUAUUGAACAGCUGUAGUAUUCAGCUGCUCUGAUCUCCAUUAAUUAUGUUAAAUAGAAUUUAUAUUUGUAACACAAAAGAAAUGAUCAGUUCCGAUGCGAACUUCCAGCAGAUACGUUUACAACAGCAUUAUAUCAGUAACAUAUCUGUACCGCUAUGCAUUUGUAAACUAUAUUUUCUUCGUAGAAGAAAUAAUUAUAGGAGAAAUAUACACAUAAAACAGUAAA